AUGGCCCACGAAGAUCCCAACGCACAUAUUGCUAACUUUUUAGAAAUAUGUGACACCUUCAAACAAAAUGGGGUAAGUGAUGAUGCCAUUAGGCUGAGGUUAUUCCCAUUCUCUUUGAAGGAUAAAGCCAAAGCAUGGAUGAAUUCAUUACCAUCGGGAUCAAUAGCUACGUUGGAUGAAAUGGCUAGCCGUUUCCUCUCUAAGUAUUUUCCCCCUUCUAAAAUUGCUAAAAUGAGGAAUGAUAUCACUACAUUUUUCCAACAAAAGGGGGAACCUUUAUACGAGUUAUGGGAACGAUACAAGGAGCUGCUGAGGAGAGUUCCCCACCAUGCUCUUCCCAUAUGGCUGCAAGUGCAGACCUUAUAUAAUUGUCUUACCGAGUCAAAUAAGACCAUACUAGAUGCUGCAGCUGGAGGGUCCAUAAACAAUAAGACUCCUGAGGUUGCCCAUGCACUCAUUGAAGAAAUGGCAGCCAACAAUUAUCAAUGGCAUUCUGAAAGAACCCAAGCUAGGAAGCAGCAUGGCCUGCAUAAUGUUGAUACUUAUACGGCUCUAUUUGGUCAACUUGGAACACAUAGCAAAAAGUUAGAUGAAAUGCAGAUAGCAGCCAUGCAUGUACAGUCCCUGCCUUAUGAUAAGUGUGGGGGAAGCCAUAAUAGCACUGAAUGCCAAGUUGGCAAUCAGUCUUUUCAGUCCACGGAAAGGGUAGACUUUGUUGGCAACUUUGCAAGGCAGCCAGGAAAUCAAUACCAUCAUGCCCAUAACCCCGGAUGGAGAGACCAUCUGAAUCAGCCAUGGCAGAAUCAGCAUGCAUCGAAGCCUUUUCACCAAAACUUCCAUCAGCCAGAACCGAAAUCUAACUUAGAGGAGCUGAUGACCAAGUUCAUAACUAGUGUGGAAACUAGAUUUCAGAAUAACGAAACAUCGAUAAGGAACUUGGAAGCUCAGGUUGGGCAGUUGGCACAGAUGAUUUCAGAAAGGGUUUCGGGUACCUUACCAAGCAACACCGUGGUAAACCCAAGGGAACAAGAGGCUGUUGGGAGAAUUCCCAAUUCAGAUGCUUAG